AUGGCUUUGAAACGCCCGUUUGAUGGAAUUACAGAGUCUGCAAACGCAACAUCCCUCUUGAAGCACGAUGAAUUACGUAAGUUAAACGAAAAUUUUUAAUAAACUCACAAUACGUUUAGCUUCAUUUUGGGAUGCCACACCCGCAGCAGGGACCUCAGCACAAAGCGAAGUCGGUACUGGACCAGUAGAAGACGAGCUGAAUGUCGAGGAACCAAAGAGGAAGGUGCGCCGAACCGCAACGGUGUGUACAGGUCCAAUGGCGACUCCGCUGGAAAGCUUUACGACCUCCGGCCGUCAUGUUUCAGUUGGAACGUCGCAGAGAAACAAUCCGAUCUACUACACAGCCAGCUACCGCUACAAAGGUUUUGGAUACAAGUUCUGCAAGCACAAGACCAACAAAGCAGGUACAUCCGUUCGUGUCGUAUGCUUUCAAUGCAAGUUGCUUGGAGCCAAGUCGAGGAACACCGUCGACACCACCACUAUGAUGUUGAAGACGGACCCUGAUGAGGGCGAGCACAUCUGCAUGGAGCAAGGACACGGUUUUACCGUUACCAAAUUGUUGAUGGAGCAGCAAAUGCGGUGAGUACUGAGGAACACUUUCAUAUCAUGUUUGUUUCAGGUCGAUAAACCAGUUGGUGAAAAAACUUCCAAAUUCCAUAACACCUCAGAAGGGAACCGAGAUGAUCUACAACAAGCUUAAGGAAUGCUUCGAAGGGCACCCAGAACAAAGUAAACUGCUUGCCAAACUCAAGACAAACAUCCGUCAAAGAAUGAUGUACCACGCUAACACAUCGACUAGAUCUGAAGAGACUGUCCCGACGUCCUGGGAAGACGACUGUCGCGAAAUAAUGGAGCACGCCGUUCACCAAGGCAAUCAGGACGAAGGUGCACCGCAAGGGGACAUUCAUCCCAUGCCAGAACCUAUCACAGAUAAAAACGUUCCUGACUUUGACGAUGAAGCAUUAAAUGAUGCACUCGAAGCCAUUGUCUCUGUUGCGUUGAAGCAGGAAGGUAAGUCACAAUUUUAUUAACUUUUUGAUGGCUGGGGGCUAAUAGCCAAGAAGAAAAAUUUUGACUGAAACGCUUUUUGAUUUCCCUAUCGAAAAAUAAUGUUUUUCUAAUGUUGCAGUCGACUUUUUGGAUAGACUGCUCGGAAACUGACCAAGUUAUAUGUUUUCGACUAACCCGGUUGUUCCUCUUUUGUUUGACAUGCAAAAUGUUGGUGUUUAUUGCUGGAGAACUUGUCGAAUUUUUUCUUAGGACCCAUGUGUAACAUCAAAUCGGAAAACUUGGCAAAUGCACUUGCAAGAAACUUGUUUUUUUUUGAGACUCGGUGAAAGAUUACGGUGUGUGCGAGCUGAAAAGCCCUAGUUGAAUCAAAUUAAAUAAAGUUCUCCUGGGAAAAGUAGUCUCGUACCGACUUCUCAAAAAAGGAAGAUAAUUUAAGAAAUUUGAACAGGCUUACAUCGUAAUCUGUUCCGCCUACUCCCUAAAAGGUGAGUUUCUUGCAAGUGCAUUUGCCAAGUUUUCCGAUUUGAUGGUAUACAUGGUCCUAAGACGCUCGACAAAAAAUUAGACAAGUUCUCCAGCAAUAAACACCAACAUUUUGCAUGUCAAACGAAAGAGAAACAAUUGGGUUAGUCGAAAACGUAUAACUUGGUCAGUUUCCGAGCAGUCUAUCCAAAAAAUCGUCUGCAACAUUAGAAAAAUAUCCUUUUCGCGAGGGAAAACCUCAAUGCGAAGGAAGAAUGCACUGUGCAGUGCUUUCCCUUUCAAAAUAAUUCGUUAUAUGCGCACAGCACGUCCAUCCAAAAUAAAUAGAAGAAAAAAUUUCCCGCCCCUUUUUGGAGAUUCGUUCAAAACGAAAUGUCACUCUCCGAUAAAACGCAUUUUCUUAUCUUUCUUCCUCCUUUUCGAGAAAAAAAGCAAUUAUUUCGGGCGAAAAAAGUGCCGAUAAUUUCGCGACAUUUCGUCUCGCUUUUAAAUCAAUGAAAACGAUACGAAGUUUCGAAACGGUUCAGGAAAUGCGCUGGAUUGACGUGCACAGUGAUUUUUUCCUUCAUCAACCCAACGCAAAUGUUACGUUUAGUCCCGAUUUGCAACACGGUGUCUACUGAAGGAACGUCGGCACAAAGAGAACCCGGUGCUAGUCAAGCAGAAGACGAGCCGAAUGUCGAGGAACCAAAGAGGAAGCCGCGACGAACAGCAAUGGCCUGCACAGGUCCGAUGGCGACUCCGCUGGAAAGCUUCACGACCUCCGGCUGUCAUGUUUCAGUUGGAACGUCGCAGAGAAACAAUCCGAUCUACUACACAGCCAGCAACCGCUACAAAGGUUUUGGAUACAAGUUCUGUAAGCACAAGGCCAACAAAGCAGGAACAUCUGUUCGUGUUUUCUGCUUUCAAUGCAAGUUGCUUGGAGAAAAAUCGAGGAACACCGUGGACACACGCACUAUGAUGUUGAAGACGGACCCGGAUGAAGGCAAGCACGUAUGCAUGGAGCGAGGACACGGUUUUCCCAUCACCAAAGUGUUGAUGGAGCAGCAAAUGCGGUAAGAACUCAGAAACAGCUUAAUGUCAUGUUUUUUCUGUUUCAGGUUGGUAAACCAGUUAGUGAAAAAGCAUCCUAAUUCCAUAACGCCCGAGGAGGGAACCGAGAUGAUCUACAACAAGCUUAAGGAAUGCUUCGAAGGGCACCCAGAACAAAGUAAACUUCUCGGCAAACUCAAGACAAACAUCCGUAAAAGAAUGCUUUACCACGCUAACACAUCGGCUGGAGUUGAAGAGACCGUCCCAACGUUCUGGGAAGACGACUGCCGCGAAAUAAUGGAGCGUGCCGUUCACCAACAAAACCGUCAAGACGACAGUGUAUCGCAAGUGGACAUUCAGCCCACGUCGUCAGAACCUAUCCCAGGUCAAAACGUGCCUGACUUCGACGAAGACAGUCAGGACGAAGGUGUACCGCCAGGGGACAUUAAGCCCACGUCAGAACCUAUCCCGGAUUACAAUGCUCCGGAAUUCGACGAUGAAGCAUUAAAUGACGCACUGGAAGCCAUUGCUUCUUUUGCGUUGAAACAGGAAUUAAGCCCAUCACAUGGAGAAAACAGGACUCAAUCCGUCCUUGCACCGCCGUUACAAAUGCCUAUUGUAGAACCACCGCCGAAAAACGGUAGGUCACAAUUUUUAUUAACAAUCCAAAAUUUGGGAAUUAUUGAUUCUGAAUUGGCGGGGAAAUUUACCAAAGUAAGAUGAGUUUCGAGCGGUCCAAUCAUUGAUGGCUGGGACUUUCCUAGCCAAGAAGAAAAAUUUUGACUGAAACGCUUUUUGAUUCCCUAUCGAAGAAGAAUGUUUUUCUGAUGUUGCAGACGAUUUUUUGGAUAGACUACUCGGAAACUGACCAAGUUAUAUGUUUUCGACCAGCCCGAUUAUUCCUCUGCUUGAUAUACAAAAUGUUGGUGUUUGUUGCUGCAGAACUUGUCGAAUUUUUUUUUGUCGAGCCUUAUGGAUGUUAUACAUGGUCCUAAGAGGCCAGAGAACAAAAUUCGACAAGUUCUCCAGCAACAAACACUAACAUUUUGCAUAUCAAACGAAAAAUGAACAAUCGGGCUAGCCAAAAACAUAUAACUUGGUCAGUUUCCGAGUAGUCUACCAAAAAAUCGUCUGCAACAUUAGAAAAACAUCCUUUUUCGAGAGGGAAAACCUCAGUGCGAUGGAAGUAUGCACUGAGCAGUAGUGCGUACCUACCCUUUCAAUAGAAUUAGUUUCGCAAUAUGUGCACCGUGAUUUUUUCUCGUUUUUAUUAACCCAACGGUUACGUUUAGUCCCUAUUUGCAACACGGAAUCUGCUGAAGGAACGUCGGCACAAAGCGAACCCGUUGCUAGUCAAGCAGAAGACGAGCUGAAUGUCGAGGAACCAAAGAGGAAGCCGCGACGAACAGCAAUGGCGUGCACAGGUCCGAUGGCGACUCCGCUGGAAAGCUUCACGACCUCCGGCCGUCAUGUUUCAGUUGGAACGUCGCAGAGAAACAAUCCGAUCUACUACACAGCCAGCAACCGCUACAAAGGUUUUGGAUACAAGUUCUGUAAGCACAAGACCAACAAAGCAGGAACAUCUGUUCGUGUCAUCUGCUUCCAAUGCAAGUUGCUCGGAGAAAAAUCGAGGAACACCGUGGACACACGCACUAUGAUGUUGAAGACGGACCCGGAUGACGGCAAGCACGUCUGCAUGGAGCGAGGACACGGUUUUACCAUUACCAAAGUGUUGAUGGAGCAGCAAAUGCGGUAAGUACUGAAGAACAGUUCAUAUCAUGUUUGUUUCAGGUCGAUAAACCAGUUGGUGAAAAAACUUCCAAAUGCCAUAACACCUGAGAAGGGAUCCGAGAUGAUCUACAACAAGCUUAAGGAAUGCUUUGAAGGGCACCCAGAACAAAGUAAACUGCUUGGCAAACUCAAGACAAACAUCCGUAAAAGAAUGCUGUACCACGCUAACACAUCGGCUGGACUUGAAGAGACUCUCCCAACGUCCUGGGAAGACGACUGUCACGAAAUAAUGGAGCACACCGUUCACCAACGCGAUCAUGGCGAAGGUGUACCGCAAGUGGACGUUCAGCCCACGUCGUCAGAACCUAUCCCAGCUCAAAACGUGCCUGAAUUCGACGAUGAAGCGUUAAAUGAUGCACUUGAAGCCAUUGCCUCCUUUGCGUUGAAGCAGGAAGGUAAGUCACAAUUUUAUUAACAAUCCAAAAUUUGGGAAUUAUUGAUUCUGAAUUGACGGAGAAAUAUACCAAAUUGAGGCUUCGUGGAAACUGGACAGAGUGAAAUUGGACAGAAAUAAUUUGGACAGAGCGUGGAAAUUGGACAGGGUGAAAUUGGACAGAGUGAAACUCGACAGAUUUUUUUUCACUGCAAAAAAUAAUUAUUUGAUGAUUCAAUAUUGACAUUUCGUACGAUUGCAGCGAAAAUCUGUCCAAUUUCAUUCUGUCCAAUUUCACUCUGUCGAAUUUCACUCUGUCCAAUUUCCACGAAGCCCAAAUUGAUGGCUGGGACCUUCCUAGCCAAGCGGAAAAAUUUUGAAUGAAACGUUUUUUGAUUUCCCUAUCGAAAAAGAAUGUUUUUUUUUAAAUGUUGCAGACGAUUUUUUGGAUAGACUACUCGGAAACUGACCAAAUUAUAUGUUUUCUACCAGCCCGAUUAUUCCUCUUUGUUUGAUAUACAAAAUGUUGGUGUUUGUUGCUGCAGAACUGGUCGAAUUUUUUGCCGAGCCUCUUAGGACCAUGUAUACCAUCAAAUUGGAAAACUCGGCAAAUGCACUUGCAAGAAACUUGUUUUUUUUUGAGACUCGGUGAAAGAUACGGUGUGAUCUACCUGAAAAGUCCUAGUUGAAUCAAAUUGAGAAGUUUUCCUGGUUAAGAGAGCUUCGUACCGACCCCUCAAAAAAUGAAGAUAAUUUAGGAGAUUUCAACAGGCCCAUAUCGUAAUCUUUCAUCGACUCCCUAAAAAAUAAGUUUCUUGCAAGUGCAUUUGUCAAGUUUUCCGAUUUGAAGUUAUACAUGGUCUUAAGAGACUCGACAAAAAGUUCGACAAGUUCUCCAGCAAUAAACACCAACAUUUUGCAUAUCUAACGAAAGAGGAACAAUCGGGUUAGUCGAAAACAUAUAAUUUGGUCAGUUUCCGAGUAGUCUAUCCAAAAAAUCGACUGCAACAUUAGAAAAGAACUCUUUUUCGAGGGGGAAACCUCAGUGCGAAGGAAGAAUGCACUGUGCAGUGCCUUCCCUUUCAAAAGAAUUAGUUUCGCGCUAUUCUCGUUUUUAUUAACCCAAUGGUUACGUUUAGUCCCAAUUUGCAACACGGCAUCUACUGAAGGAACGUCGGCACAAAACGAACCCGAUGUUGGUCAAACAGAAGACGAGCUGAAUGUCGAGGAACCAAAGAGGAAGCCGCGACGAACAGCAAUGGCGUGCACAGGUCCGAUGGCGACUCCGCUGGAAAGCUUCACGACCUCCGGCCGUCAUGUUUCAGUUGGAACGUCGCAGAGAAACAAUCCGAUCUACUACACAGCCAGCAACCGCUACAAAGGUUUUGGAUACAAGUUCUGUAAGCACAAGACCAACAAAGCAGGAACAUCUGUUCGUGUCAUCUGCUUCCAAUGCAAGUUGCUCGGAGAAAAAUCGAGGAACACCGUGGACACACGCACUAUGAUGUUGAAGACGGACCCGGAUGACGGCAAGCACGUCUGCAUGGAGCGAGGACACGGUUUUCCCAUUACCAAAGUAUUGAUGGAGCAGCAAAUGCGGUAAGUACUCAGAAACAGCGUAAUGUCAUGUUUUUUUUGUUUCAGGUUGGUAAACCAGUUAGUGAAAAAACAUCCAAAUUCCAUAACGCCCGAGGAGGGAACCGAGAUGAUCUACAACAAGCUUAAGGAUUGCUUUGAAGGGCACCCAGAACAAAGUAAACUUAUCGGCAAACUCAAGACCAACAUCCGUAAAAGAAUGCUGUAUCACGCUAACACAUCGGCUGGACUUGAAGAGACUCUCCCAACGUCCUGGGAAGACGACUGCCGCGAAGUAAUAGAGCACGGCGUUCAACAAGACAGUCAGGACGAAGGUGUGCCGCAAGUGGAGAUUCAGCCCACGCCGUCAGAACCUAUCCCAGCUCAAAACGUGCCUGAAUUCGACGAUGAAGCGUUAAAUGAUGCACUCGAAGCCAUUGCCUCUGUUGAGUUGAAGAAGGAAUUGAGCCCACCACAUGGAGAAAACGGAACUCAAUCCGCCCUUGCACCGCCGUUACAAAUGCCAAUCGCUGAACCACUGCCGCAAAAUGGCAAGUCACCCUUCAUAUCCCUGUAAAAAAAAUACUUUUCUAAUUUCGCAGAUGGCUUAUUUUUAUAUAGACAACUGGGGAACCGACCAAAUCGGAUAUUUUCAGCUAACCCUUCCUCUUUCAUUUGAUAUACAAAAUAUUGGUUUUCUUGACGGAGAACUUGUCGAAUUUUUUUGCCGAGCCUUUUAUCAGUCUGGCCGAAAAAGAAUUACCCUCGUCGCAGCAUCGAAAUCGCAACCUCGAAAAUGAGCGGCACCGAAAGUUUGAGCGAUGCAUCGCAAAAGUGCGCGCGACGAGAGAAAAUCGCCAAAAUUUGGGGAAUUUUGUUGAUUGCACAGUGCAAAAAAGCCGUUUGCACUGUGCAAAACACACUUUUAUCGCCAGCGAUGCGUCGUUUUUGCUCUUUCUUUCGGCGACGCCCUCCAAAUUUCAAAUUGGGGUUUGGAGAGAGUGCGACGGAGGGGGGCGCGGAGGACAAUUCUUUUUCGGCCAGACUGAUAGGACCAUGUAAACAUCCAAUCGGAAGACCCGACAAAUUCACUUGCAAGAAACAUAUUUUUUAGGGAGUAGGUGAAAGAUUACGGUGUGGGCUAGCUGAAAAGCCCUAGUUCAAUUAGUUUGAAUAAACAUUUCCUGGGAAAAUGGCUUCGUAUCGAUAUUUCAGAAACGGAAGAAAUUAAGAAGCUUUCAACAGGCUCAGAUCGUAAUGUUUCACCGACUGCAUAAAAAACAUGUUUCUUGCAAGUGAAUUUACCAAGUCUUUCAAAUGAAUGUUCAACGUGGUCCCAAAAGGCUCGACAACAAAAUUCGACAAGUUCUCCGUCAAGACAAUCGAUAUUUUGCAUGUCAAACGAAAGAGGAACAAUUGGGCUAGCUGAAAAUAUCCGAUUUGGUCGGUUCCCCAGUUGUCUAUACAGAAAUAAACCAUCUGCAACAUUAGAAAAACAUUCUUCUGUUUGGCAAGAAAAUCCAAAAUAAAAAAAAUGUCUCCCGCCCAGUUUUGCGUUUCGUCCCAACGAAGUGUCACAAUUGACAGAAGAAAUAAUACAAUUCUGAUUGUGAGAUCGACAAACCACUCGAAAGACUUUGUUGUUGCAUUCCAUCAAGAGUUUAUUUCGCACUUCACACAUCGUGAAUUUUUCUCGUCUUUAUCAAUCCAACGGUUACGUUUAGCUUCAUUUUGGGAUGCCACGUCCGCAGCUGGGACCUCAGCACAAAGUGAAGUCGACACCGAACUAGUAGAAGACGAGCUGAAUGUCGAGGAACCAAAAAAGAAGGUGAGACGAACCGCAACCGUGUGCACAGGUCCGAUGGCGACGCCGAUGGAAAGCUUUACGACCUUCGGCCGUCGUGUUUCAGUUGGAACGUCGCAGAGAAACAAUCCGAUCUACUACACAGCCAGCAACCGCUACAAGGGUUUUGGAUACAAGUUCUCCAAGAAUGAAAACAAGACCAACAAAGCAGGAACAUCUGUUCGCGUUAUCUGCGUUCAAUGCAAGCUGCUAGGAGGAAGAUCGAGGAAUACCGUGGACACAACCACUAUGAUGUUGAAGUCGGACCCGGAUAAAGGCAAGCACAUCUGCAUGGAGCGAGGACACGGUUUGCCCACUACCAAAGUGUUGAUGGAGCAGAAAAUGCGGUAAGGAAUGAGGAACAGUUAAAUGUAAUGUCUGGUCUGGUUCAGGUCUUUAAACCAGUUAGUGAAAAAACAUCCAAACGCCAUAACACCCCAGAAGGGAUCCGAGAUCAUCUACAACAAGGUUAAGGAAUGCUUUGAAGGGCACCCACAACAAAGUGCAAUACUUGGCAAACUCAAGACAAACGCCCGUAAAAGAAUGCUGUACCACGCUAACACAUCGGCGCCGUCAGAAUCUAUCCCGGAUAAAAGCGUGCCCGACUUCGACGAUGAAGCAUUAAAUGAUGCACUCGAAGCUAUUGCCUCUGUUGCGUUCAAGCAGGAAUUGAGCGCACCAGAUGAAGAAAACGUAUACUGGUUGACAAAAUUUUCUUUCCUCCUCGUAUCUCGGGAACCACUGGGCCUAGAACCUCCAAAUUCGGCAUAG